AUGUCCUCACUAGCUUAUUGUGUUACCAUUCUUCAGUUAGUUGUGGCAAUCUUUGGUGUUGAUUAUUUCGGGAGAAGAGCGUUACUGAUUGAAGGUGUCAUCCAAAUGCUUAAUUGUAGCGUAGGAUGUGGGUGGUUGGUUGCUAGUGAAAUAUAUCUACUGGAGAUAAGAACAGCAGGAUUUUUCUUUGCGGUUAGCACUAAUAUGAUAUUCACUUUUAUUGUGGCGGUGCAAGCUCUUCUUACCAUGCUUUGCACAAUGAAAUCCGCCAUCUUCUUCAUGUUUGCUUCAUUCGCUUUGGUUAUGGGGCUGCUUGUUGUGUUCUUGUUGCCUGAAACCAAGGGAAUCCCCAUUGAUGAGAUGAACGAAAGAGUGUGGAAGAAACAUUGGUUGUGGAAGAGAUGCUUUGAUGAGAAGGAGGAUGCCAACACUAAUUCAGUUAAUUAA